UGUGACCUCACAUAUCUAAAGCUGUCUGAGCCUGUCCAGCCUGCCCCUCUGUCUAAUAAUAAACCAAUACAAGGACAGGGCUAUACAAUCACCCAUUAUACCCACACAGUUUUACACCCGCAGCAGCAGGGCAGUAGAGGGCAGGGUGAAGGAACUAUCAGCUAUCAAGAACUAUCAACAAUGGUAAAUGGCCGCAAUAAAACAUCUAAUUCAGGUCUACACAAACACUGUGAAAAAUGUUUCAACCAGCACUGCAAAGUAUCUGUGGAAAUCUCUACUUCCUGUGUGGUCAUUUCCUGUCGUCUACAGUGCGGGGCAGCCUUUCAUCUGUGUAAAGAAGAUGAGCAUAACCUGCUCUGUCCCAAAGUCACGGUACCCUGCCUGAAUGCACAAUAUGGCUGCCCUAUGUCCAUGCCCAGACACCGGCUUGCCCAGCACCUGGAGUCGUGCCCAGCCAGCGUGGUGUGCUGUUCAUUGGAGUGGAACCGGUGGCCCGUUUCUGAAACCGACUCCAAUUUCUACAACAACGCCGUGCAGGAGCCCAACUGCAUGGAACAGCUAGACCUGGCGAUGGCUUUCCGUGAUCAGAAGCUCCUGUUCAACUCUAUAAAAAUGAGUACGCUAUUUCCUGAGCUAACCCAGCAAAGGCUUGAGGACCCAGAAAACCAGGAGCUAGAUGGAGCCAUUGGAGGAGUGGACUCUGGGGAAUGGAAGGAUAAAGUCCUAAGCGAAGAUGACCUGAACCUUGAUUCUGUCCCAGAGGUGCAGGAAUUGACUCAAGAGGAACGACUGGCUCUGGCGAAGAGCAAAGAUGUGGCUUGUCUGGAGAACUACAGCAUGUGGGAGGGGAUGUUCAAGAAGGAGAUGGAGGGGUGCAAGCAAACCGUCAAAAAUUUGGACCAAAAAAGUGACAAGAACCAAAAGAAACAAUCCCAAUCUGACAACAAGGACAUGACGCAAGGUCCUAAAGAUGCACAAGAAUCCAACAGCCUUACAGAAGUGGACUUUAGCAAGACUGGCUUCGCUCCUUGGCAAGAUGGAGUCCUAGAAAGACUACGCAAAGAGGUCAAUGUGGCCGAGUACAACAUGUACCUUGUGCAUAAUGGGUGCAUGCUCAUCAAUUUUGGUCAAUUGGAAGCUUGCACGCCAAAAGAGAAAGAUUUCGUCUAUGGGAACCUAGAACCAAUCGAGGUGCAGACCAUCCACGCUUUUAAUGUUCCCAAAAGCUACACAGCAAAGCGGAUGCAUCUAAAGGAUCCGUCGCAUGGAGCCAAGAAGACCGACCAAAGUGUGGACACUUCUGAUUUGGGGGUGUCCAUUGAAGAUCUUCCAAAAUCAGAUGAAGUUCAGACCACUCUACUGUGCUGCCUGGAGAGGGAAUUGAAAGGUCACCAAAUUUCCGAGACAGUUGGGAUCGAUGGCCUCUAUGUAGACCUUGGGACACAAACCUACGACUUUCCCUCCACUCCGUUCAGUCCUGAUGCAUCGCUAGCCGAAAUUACUGCUGAACUCAAGCCCCCAAACCUUCACUUACAGAUUCAAACAGAAUGCGUAACAAGAAGGCACAACAAAGCCAGCUCCGCCUUUACGUACCUCUGCUGCCACACCUUCCGACGAGACGAGUUUCCCUGGCACUUCCGGAACGUGCAUUCAGAUGUCCAGUCUUGUCUUACGGGGUGGUUAAUCCAGCGAUGUCCACUGGCCUACCUGGGCUGCACCUACAGCCAAAAUCAGUUCCGUCCUUCUAAGUACCAGGCCACUGUGAGCUACGAUCAAGACCUUGGCACCUUUGCCCUCCAGCCACAUGUCGCAGCAUCGCUAUACACUGGUGUAAAGACAGAAAGCAGCGAAAGAAAGCGGCCGAGGAACCUGGAUUCUCUCAGUCGGCUACCGUUUGAGAUACUCCAGCACAUCGCAAGAUUCUUGGACAGUAUGUCUCUGUGUCAGUUGUCGCUGGUGUCGCAGUUGAUGAGGGAGGUGUGUGGGACUUUGCUUCAGCAGAGAGGGAUGGUGUCUUUGAAGUGGGAGAAGAAGAUCUACUCACAUGGUGGGUCCUGCUGGAAGGCCAGGAAAAAGGUGUGGGAGUUCAGCAGUCUGUUCUCUCCGGUGGAGAAGUGGGUGAUUGAUGACGUGCCCUCCAUGGCCGAGCACCUGAAGAUCUGCCCGUACUACCAGACCCACAGCAGGACUGAGCCAGUGGCGUUACCCAGCCUGAACGAAUUCACAGACAGACCUGAGAACACCCACAGUCUGCUCACUCACUUCCUCCACAGACCACACGGAACAGAACCUGAGUACUGAGCGUUGAGUGGGUGAACAUGUCCUUCCCCUGGAAGACCUUUAUUAACCUGUAUUAGGUGUGGUUGUUUAUGAUUGGAGCUAAACUCUGCAUGGUAGAUCCCCAUGGUAGACUCUCUUUUUUAAGGUAGAUCUCCAGGAUUAGGAUCAAGUGCAAGCGAGAUCUUGACCUCAGGGGUCUAAUGCAUACUUGUGACAUUAAUGAACCUUUGAGCAUAUUUUAAUUUCUGAGUGUCUUCACUUGAAUAAAAACUUGAUGUCCAUCAAUGAUCAGUUUUAAUAAUAUGUGGUCAGUAGCAGUAUCUUGAUCAGAAAGUUUACUACAGCCUGGAGAUGUAUACUUUAUGUUUUUUGUAAUUUUGUGCUUGAGCAUGAAGAAUAUAAAAUAUUGUAUUUGUGACACUGAAGACAUUUCUUAGGUCGAAUG